AAACAAGAAAAGAAUUCAUCAAGAAGAUUAGACUUGAAAAUAAGGAAGAUUCACGUGCUUCAGAUGCCGAAAUCAACGCAUUCCGAGAGCAUUUUCAGAUUUCACUUGGAUUAUUUGGAUUAUCUUCGAACAUUUACAAGUGCCUAGGGCAGAAUAAAUCUGAUUCCACACCUUCAUCAACGGUCAUGGUUAACGAUCUCACAAAUAACCUUAAGCAUUUAUUGUCUGCUUGGGUUGAUCCCACGAUGGGGGGAGGGGAUCAAGAAAAAAUGAUGAUAAUUAAACGCAUGGAUCCAAUGGUAUACAAAAUGGAGGAGCUCAUAACUGAGAUUGAUAAGCUUAGAAAAGAGAAUGUUAAUAUCAAGGCCAAGAACACAAGAUUAAAACAGGCUAUAGAAGAAAAUGCCAAAUGUGAAGCUGAGUAUGAGAUUAGAAUUAAGAAAUUAGAACAAAGUAACAAAGAGAAUAUAAACCUUAAAGAUAAAGAUAUACUUUCUACAGAAGAUAUUUCAUUUAAAAAUUUGGAACAAAGUUCUCAAGAUGAUAGUUCUAAGCAGAUAGACUUGCAAUGUGAUGAAACUUCUGUAUAUAAUAUAGUUGAUAACACUUCAAAUUUUGAUGAAUUUAAUGAUGUCCCAGAUUCUGACAUAUUUAAUAGUGGCAGAGCCCCAUUGUUUUGCAAUAACACUUUUUUAGAAACUAAACCUUAUAAGAAUAAAGAGAUCAAAUUUUUUGAAACGAAACAAAAUACUGAUAUACAAGAAAUAAAAGAAUCUAAAAUAGAUAUACAAUCUUUGAUACAGGAAUUAUUUCUAGAAACUUUAAAAGAAGAUUAUAUCAAAAUCGUUAAUAUAGAGGAUUCUAUUAAUAAUUCACCUACAAUCAAAUUGGUUCAUCUAUUUAAAAAAAUAAGUCUUGCAGAAAUCAUUACUAUACAAGCUAAGGUAGAUAAAAUUAGAAGCUGGUAUAAAUAUAAAAAGCAUUUUGAAAAAAGGUUUAAUAAUUUACCUAAAAAUAAAAGAAAUGAUAAACGAGCUUGUGAUUUAGCAA